AUGAAGUCAAACCAGUUCCACCGUGAAAAAUUCACGUGUAGUAUCUGUGAAAAAGAUUGUGGAAAUAAGAAAUCACAACUUCGUCAUAUCUCAUACUGCAAAAAAGUCAAAUCCCGUGGUGGUAUAAGAUCAAGGAAGCGUGCUUGCUCAGCUUGUACCAAAGCCAAGACGCAAUGCGAUUUGAUACAUCCAAGCUGUUCACGAUGUCUAAAGAAGAACUUAGGCUGUAUCUAUCAGGGACCUCAGUUACCGAAAGGAAAGGUUCUAGAGCCAGAAGUAAAUAAUCAAUCCGAUACUGGUGCGUAUCAGACCGACGAAGUAUCUUUGAUUUUAUCGUCGUCGCAAGACGGCACUGCACCGGUCUUGCCGGAUAUCCAUGAAGCCAGCACGAUUUCAAUUCCAUUGCAAAUUUCGGAUGUUAUCGCCGAGGAUACCUUGUAUCUCGAAAUUCCGAAUGAAAGCUGGAACCUCGACAUUGAAGAAUUUAUUUCGGAACAUGUGGACAUUUCAGUUUUCAGCAAACCUACAAGAUAUUCCCCACAACUGUUACCAAUGGAUCCGUCCCUUAUUUUCGCGAACUAUCAACCGAAAGAUAGUGGUCCAUAUCACAGACUAUACAAUCAACCGGUACCCAGCGCCCCAAAAGCAUUUGCACCUCGAAAAUUGUCCAAUAAUCAAUUUUCCUUGAACAGAAGUUACAUACUAUGCACUUUACCAACAUAUCCCUCAAUGUUACUCCCUAGUAAUGACGAUGGACUUCCGCCAUUUAUCCAUCCUCAUUUCAACAGCCGUAAAACGCUUCCAGCACCGCUCGCUACAUGUGUUUCCCUCAUACAACGGAUAAGUGUAAAGAAUAAGGAUAAUGUUUUGUUCAUUUGGGGAUGCAUUAGGAUGGAGAUUGAUAGAAUAUGUGCCCAGUAUAAAACAUAUAGCAUUGAAGAUUCCGUCGCUGCGCUUCAAGCCAUAACGAUUUAUUUUCUCCUUCGAAUUUCGGAAGAUAAUGAAAAUGCAACAAAUUUUGAUGUUCCAUUAAUUUCCACAAUGAUCAAAGUUGCAAUGCACGUUGCUCACCUGGCAGAAGACCUCCAAAACGAGGGUGUUCCAUCGUGGAAAGAAUGGGCAAUGGCCGAAUCCAUACGCCGCACAAUUAUAACACUGUUCUUCAUCGACCUAUUCUUUGACGUCUCUUCCUCAGUCCCGGAAUAUCGCUGCAACGAAAAUCGCCUACAGUAUAUGACUUUACCCUGUUCUCGCAAACUCUGGAGAGCGACUACAAAUGAAGCGUGGGAAAAUGAGUAUGCAAAUUCAAUGAGAGGAGUACAGCUUACGUAUGGAGAUCUGAUAAUUUCUCGAACUAAGCCUGAGGAUCGAACAUUAGAUGGGUGGUUGUCUCAGUUGGAUGAAUUUGGAAUGCUGGUUUUGGCUGCGGCGAGUUUGGCUUCAUGA